UUUGAAAUUAAAGGUGAUGAGUCGAUAUCGGAGCGAUUUCGUGAAUCGUUCGUUGAGAAAAUGUUUAUAUUAAUCUUGAGCGGCGAUGAGUUUAUUGGAUCGUCGUCGUCAAAUAGUAAGAGUAGUUCUUAUUCGUGCAUUGCUAAAUGGCUAAAUGAAAUGUCACAGCGCAUCAGUGAUUAUGAAUCUGAUGAUUUUGACCAACAUUCAUUAAGUAUAUCAAACCAACAAGACGAUCAGACACCGAAUGCAAAGAAACGACGAUCAACGGAAGGAAUAUCACCAGAAUCGGGUGCAACUUUGCCCGAUGUCGAAAGAAACGAAAGUGGAUAUAUGUCAGAAACUCGUCUAUUCGAAAACGAAUUGCCCACUGCUCACCAUCGUUCUUCGCAAAUGCUUCAAAGUAAUGAAACAUUUGCGAAGAACAAUUGGAAUGUUGACGAUACGGUGCCAUCAAAGAGUAUAUUUCAUCAACAACAACCAACCUUCAGUAGUUCGUAUGAUGCAUAUCGCUGGGGCUUUGAUUACAAUGCAAUAAAACAAAUUGACAUAGACAACUGUGAUACGAUCUCAGAAUUUGAUAUGUUGAUGGAAAAAUUCGAUGGUAUUGAAAAGUUUAACAUAGCACCGGAUGAAAAUGAUUUGACUGAAUUGAUGCAUGAUGUAAAUUCGUUCAUGGAGCGUAUUCCAGAUCGAUUUUGGAAAUAUGAUUAUUCAUUGGGGCUGCGAGAUGAGAUUAUUGUUAUAGUUGAAUCUUUGAAUGGAGCAAAUGCAGAUGACUGGCUUGCGAAGGAGGUUGAAUAUCGACCAAUUUGGAUGGAGUGCGAUGAAGUGGAACCGCAUGAAGAUUUCCGGAAAUUAAGUGUUCGUCCAGUACAUAAAGAUAUAAUACGACCAGUGCGGCCAUUCUUGAGAAAAAAUAAAGAUGAUGAAAGUUUCCGUGAUGUUGAGCAAUAUUUGGAUAUACAGUUCAGAUUAUUGCGUGAAGAUCUGGUGAGUCCACUGCGUGAUGGCAUUGCCUUGUGGAGGCAGAAUAAGAAUGGGUACUGCUCAUCGGAUUCGCGAGAUGUACUUGAACAGUUAGAUUUAUUCGUUAUGAACGGUGUUCGCGUUGAAGGCCUUCAACUUAAACGAAGCAGUGGUCAGCUGUUUAGAUAUGUUAAGUUCCAGCCCCCACUAGAUUCGAUGGACGGUUCAUCGCAAAAGCUUAAAUUCGGACAGAUGGUUGCAUUGUCGAGUGAUGAAUUCGAAGUUUUUGAUUUAUUCGAAAUUCCUUAUGUUACAGAAGAAGCUUUAUUUGCAACGGUAGUGGAACGACCAGAUGAGCAUUCAGUUAUUGAUAGAAUCGGUUUGUCGUUUUGCGAAGAAUCUGAAGUACAGGUAUCAAGAUCCAAAAUAUAUACACUCGUAGAAUCGAGUGCUUAUUUUGAAAUGUAUGAACAUGUCCUUAAAGUGCUCAAGGUUAUUGUUUCUUACUUCGUAUUUCCAUUCGUUUUGAUUUGUGAUCAAAUACCAACGAAAACGUUAAGUAUAUUCGGUAAGAAGUAUGAUGUGGAUAAACUGAUGUACAAACUAGAUGGUGAUUCGCUGAACAUUAAUUACACUCAGCGUGAUGCACUCAUCAAUGCUCUUACCAAAGAAUUUGCGCUUAUUCAGGGUCCUCCUGGCACAGGGAAAUCGUUUGUUGGACGACUCAUUGUUCGCAUUCUAAUUGAAAAUAUAAAUUUAUGGAACGUAACGCGCAGACAUCCCUUACUGGUUGUUUGCUAUACAAAUCAUGCACUCGAUCACUUUCUUGAGGGUCUCGUUGGUGACUUUCCACAUUAUGAUAAAAACGUUAACAGCGAUUAUCCAACUAUGGUGCGAUUGGGUACGCGAUGUAAAAACGAAAAAAUUGAGAAGUUUGUAAAGGCGAGUGUGACGCAAGAAUAUGAAAAACUUAUCAGUGAAAUCGAUAGACUUAAAAGUAUUUACCGAAAAGAAAUCCUCCAGGCACGGAGAGUGAUGGGAAAACGUGCCAAGAUUCUCGAUGACAUUGUAACUCGAUCAACGAUUCUUUUCAAAAGUAAAUCUGAAAUCAUCAGUUAUCAGCUGUUAUCCACGGUGAUAUCGAAUAAACACAAGGGUCAACUUAGCCGUCUACGAAAAACACCCGAAGGAAUGAUGACACUAGAUGAAGCGUUGGCUAAAUGGCUUUCCAUUGAAUCUCGAAAUCCCGAAUGCGAAACCAACAGUACCGAAUCAAGAUCUGAUAAUGGGAAUGAGAGCAAUAGAAAUCAUGCUUCAAAAGGCGAUGCUCUGGGAUCAGAUGAAUGGGAUGUCAGUGAAGAUAUAAAUGAUAAUGCAUCAUCGUCAAAAACAGAUCCUCACGAAACCGGAUGUGACAAUUUUGAUGGAUUUGACAGUUAUGAUGAUAAUGGUGGCGAUAAACGAUGUAUGAAUUGGAAGCAAAUUGAGCAAGUUUUCGGUUGGGGUGGGGGGAGGGAUCCAGAUCAAAGGGACGAGGAGAAAGUUAGCCGGGGGAUCCCUCGGAAAGCAGCUCGUUCAGAGGGGGAACUCCGACCAGAAAGUUGGGAAGCGAGAAUUUCGAGGAAUCGCUCCUCAUCGGAGGCACUCUUUUCGUUGAACACUGAUCGUAAAUGCGAGGCGUUGAUGCAAGCGGAAGAAGGAACUAAUGAAUAUUAUCACAGUGGAGUGUGGGAUAUAGUUGAGAAUGAACGAAAAACGUCUCGUGUGCCCAUCUUCUCUGCGAGCACUUACCAAGAUGGUUCAAAGAAAACGAUUCGGUACGAUAAGAACAUAGUUGCGAAACUUAAAGCAUGCAAGGAGGAGAUUCUGAAGGCAACGGCAUUGAGCAAAGAAGAAGCGGAAUCGAUAAAAGAUGUGAACGAAUUAGAUCGAAAUCGCCGGUGGAUGUUGUAUGCAUACUGGAUUAAGCAACUGAAACAGUGGGCUGAAAAAGGAUUGAAGAACCUUCUGGAGCAGUAUCAAAAACAUAUGAUCAUAAUCGGCGCGACCACAACGGGUGCUGCAAAAAAUCGUUCUUUACUGCAACGAAUCGGCUGUCCAAUUGUUAUUGUUGAAGAGGCGGCUGAGGUGUUAGAGGCACAUAUUCUGUCGAGUAUUGUUGAGUCGUGUAAACAUGCUAUCCUUAUUGGCGAUCAUCAACAGUUAAGACCCAAUCCAGCUGUGCACGUGUUAGCUAAACAAUAUAAGCUGGAAAUCUCAAUGUUCGAACGCCUCAUCAAGAACAAUUAUCCGUGUAGUACAUUACUCUAUCAGCAUCGUAUGGCACCUUGCAUAUCGGAUACGUUAAUGCCGCAUUUUUAUCCGUUGCUUGAGAAUGCUGAUGUAGUGAAGGAGUAUCCGGAUGUGAAAGGUUGUGCUACGAAUAUAUUUAUGUUUUGUCAUCGUCAACCUGAGACUCCGAUCCCUUCUUUAUCUCAUCGUAAUGAGUUUGAAGGCGAUUUCGCAUUCGCAUUGUUUAAUUAUCUCCUUCAACAGGGUUAUUCCCCUAAUCAGAUAACAAUAUUGUGUACUUAUGCGGCGCAAACUGGUUAUGUGAAAAGUUUGUUGGAUAAACGUUUGCAGUUAGCAGGCGAUUAUCCGAGAGUCGAUAAUGUCGACGCGUAUCAAGGCGAGGAGAAUGAUAUCGUAAUAUUAUCACUUGUACGAUCUUCUCCAUAUGAUACUAUUGGAUUUCUUGCGAAUCCAAAUCGAAUAUGUGUUGCUCUAUCGCGUGCUAAAAUUGGUUUCUAUAUGAUUGGUAAUAUUGAUUUCUUGGCGUAUCAUUCACAUCUUUGGGCUAAAAUUGCAAAAUCCUUGGAAGAUAUCGACGCGUUAGAAGACGCGUUUCCCAUUAUUUGUAACAAGCAUGGCAAUGUGAAGGUAUCGUUUUUUUUUUAA